ACUAUACUCUUAAAUCUGAAAAACACUCCACUUGCUUCAAUAAAGAUCAGUUCUUGUUUUGGGCAAAAGAGAAACCAAAGUGUUAUAGUUAUGGGCAGAAGUUGCAAUCUUCUCUUUGUUCUUGCAGCUUUCAUUCUGCUUCAUCAGCAUUCUUCACUAUCAACAUUUCGAAAUAUCAGCACUGAUGAAGCUGCACUACUUGCCUUGAAAUCUCACAUUUCUUCUUUUGAUCCUAACAACAUCUUAGCAAGAAACUGGUCUUCUUCCAACCCAGUUUGCAGCUGGUAUGGAAUCACUUGUGCCUCCCGUCACCAUCGAGUCACAGCUUUAGACAUUUCUAGCAUACAACUUCAUGGUACCAUUCCUCCACACCUUGGAAACCUCUCAUUUCUUGUGUCCCUUAAGAUUAGUAACAACUUUUUCCAUGGGGAUUUGCCUAAAGAGUUGGCUCAUUUGCGGAGGUUGAAACUGAUAGAUGUCACAAGCAAUAACUUUACUGGUGCCAUUCCAUCAUUUUUGAGUUUUUUACCUAACCUGCAAUACAUUUACCUUUCAAACAACCAAUUUUCGGGGGAAAUUCCAUCAUCCCUUUCCAAUAUAACAAAGCUGGAAGUGUUGAGAUUGCAUACUAAUUUUCUGCAAGGAGGGAUCCCCCAAGAGCUCGGUAAUCUUCGUUAUAUGACUUUCUUAGACCUGUCAUUCAACCAGCUCACGGGCUCUAUACCACCAUCUAUAUAUAACAUUUCACGAAUGGAAAAGAUUGGUCUCACUUACAAUAAUCUUACUGGUAAGCUCCCAAAAACUAUAUGUGACUGUCUUCCAAACUUGGAACAACUUUCCUUCUCAGUCAACUACCUAGAAGGCAUUAUUCCACCAAACUUUGAAAAAUGCAGAAAGCUUCAACUCUUGUCAUUGUCUGAAAAUGAUUUCACUGGAACUCUACCAAGAGAGUUAGGCAACUUAACAGCUCUUACAGAAUUAUAUCUUGGAGGACUGCACCUGGAAGGAGAGAUACCAGCAGAGCUAGGUAAUCUUAAGAAACUACAGUACCUGGGAUUAGACAUAAAUGAGUUUACUGGUUCUGUCCCGGCGAGCAUUUUCAACAUGUCAUUAUUGCAGAUCCUAUCACUUAGAGAAAACAGGCUUUCAGGUGCUCUACCUUCAGAUUUGGGUCGUGGAAUGCCAAGCCUAGAAGAACUUUAUUGUGGAUCCAAUAAUCUGAGUGGUUCUAUUUCUGCUUCUAUCUCAAAUUCUUCAAGACUCAGAAUACUUGAUCUCCCAUUUAACAGUUUCACAGGUCCAAUUCCUGAAUCACUUGGUAACUUAGAAUACCUUGAGUUUCUAAGCUUGGGGACUAAUAAUUUUGUCAGCAAUUCAGCAUUGAUCUUCCUGACAUCUUUGACAAAUUGUAAGAAACUAAAAGCAGUCAGUUUUGCAUCGAAUCCAUUAAAUGGUGUUUUCCCGGUAUCUAUUGGGAAUUUCUCUGACUCUCUACAAGCUUUUGAAGGGCAUAGCUGUAAAUUGAAGGGCAUCAUUCCUGAUGAAAUUGGUAAUCUUACUGAAGUGACAAAGUUGAAUCUGGCUAACAAUGAGUUGACUGGACACAUUCCAAAUACUGUCCAAGGCAUGCUGAACCUUCAAGAACUUUACCUAACUCACAACAAGUUAGUAGGAAUCUUGCCAGAUACUAUCUGCAAUUUGAAGAAUCUUGGAGCAUUACACUUGUCAGAAAAUCAGUUUUCUGGUUCAGUGCCACCGUGCUUAGGGAACGUUACCAGUUUGAGGUAUCUUUAUCUAGAUUACAACAAGCUGAAUUGGAGCAUACCUGCAAGCUUUGGGAACCUUCACGAUCUCAUAGAAUUUGAUGUUUCAUCCAAUUUAUUAAGUGGGGAAAUACCUACGGAGAUUGGAAAUUUAAAGGUUGCAACGUUCGUUGAUCUGUCACAAAAUGAUUUUAGUGGCAAGAUCCCUAGCACGCUAGGGGGUCUAGAUAGACUGACUAAUCUUUCUCUAGCAGAUAAUAGAUUUUAUGGGCCUAUUCCAGUUUCGUUUGGAAAAAUGGUUGGACUGGAAUUCUUGGAUUUGAGCCAUAACAACCUUAGUGGAGAGAUUCCAAAGUCAUUAGAAGCUCUUGUGUAUCUCGAAUACAUGAACUUCUCAUUUAAUAAACUCAGUGGAGAGAUUCCCACUGGCGGUCCUUUUGCAAAUGCCACAGGUCAAUCUUUCUUGUCCAAUUAUGGUCUCUGUGGUGAUUCUAAGUAUCAUGUGUCACCAUGUGUCAUCAAAUCUCCCAAGAGAAAGAUGACAAUCUUGGUUUUGUCUGUCCUUGUGGGAGUGGGUAUGCUAUUUCUUGCAUUAGCCCUUGCAUAUGUAGUUUUAAGAUCAAGAAAGAAGAAGAAGAAGAAGAAGAAUGCAGGUCAAGCAAAUGUAUCUCUAGUAAAGGGGCAUGAAAGAAUUUCUUACUAUGAACUUGAACAAGCAACAGAAGGAUUCAGCGAAAGCAACUUGCUUGGUAACGGGAGUUUCAGCAAGAUCUACAAAGGGAUACUUAAGGAUGGUACUCUUUUGGCAGCAAAGGUAUUCAAUGUGCAAUUGGAGGGUGCAUUCAAAAGUUUUGAUACAGAGUGCAAGAUUUUGAGAAACCUCCGCCAUCGAAAUCUUACAAAAGUCAUCACUAGUUGCUCCAACCCUAAUUUCAAAGCAUUAGUAUUGGAAUAUAUGCCAAACGAGACACUUGAAAAAUGGUUGUAUUCCCAUAAUUUUUUCUUAGACGUGCUGCAGAGAUUAGAUAUAAUGAUAGAUGUUGCACAUGCAAUGGACUAUCUCCACAAUGGCUAUUCAACACCUGUGGUUCAUUGUGACUUGAAACCAAGCAAUGUCUUGCUAGAUCAAGAAAUGGUUGGUCAUGUUAGUGAUUUUGGCAUUGCGAAAUUGCUAGGUGCUGGGGAGACUUUUGUUCAAACGAGGACAAUUGCAACCAUUGGAUAUAUUGCUCCAGAAUAUGGACAAGAUGGAAUAGUAUCCAUGAGUUGCGAUGUUUAUAGCUUUGGCAUCCUGAUGAUGGAGAUGUUUACAAGAAGGAGACCAAGUGAUGAAAUAUUUACCGGAGACUUGAGCAUGCGACGUUGGGUUAGUGAUUCUGUUCAAAAUGGAAUUCAUAAGUUGGUGAAUGCUAAUCUGGUACUGCCAGACGAUGAACAAAUUGGUCCAAAGAUGCAGUGUCUAUCAUCUAUCAUGGAAUUAGCUUUGAGCUGCACCACUGUGAUACCUGAUGCAAGAAUUAGCAUGGAAGAUGCUCUUUCUGCACUUGGAAAGAUUAGGCUUCAGUUUCUCAAUAGUUGUAUAUAAGUAAAUGAUGACUUUAAGUAACUCUUUUAUUGAUUUUAAUUGUUUUGACAAUAUUUAAGAUGGGGGAGAGGAGAGGCAAAUUAAUGUGAAUUAUAACAGUAUGUUGUCAACAAGAAUCAAAAUUACUCCAUAAUGACUGUAAGUGAUAGUCACACUACCUUUCAAAUGAAGUAAGAGAUGUUGUGUUAAGAUUAGUGCCUCAAAAACUGUAGAUUAGUUGUACCAGCUGCUGUAAAUACAGCUUUAAAUUAGAAUUUAAAUUUAUUAAAUGACGUU